AGAAGAUCGCUAAAUACACCAACCGAAUUGGAGGUAUAAAUAUGGGAUUGCAAUAGUUCUAUACAUCAGUUUUGCGCAGAGUCCAGCGGAGAAAGUCAAUCAAGCCAAAAUCCAAAAUGAAGUUCUUCAUUGUGAUCCUUGCUGUCGUUGCACUGGCAUACGCUAAAGAUGAAUGGGUGCCGAAUACUGAAGCAGAACUUAAAGUAAUCGCCAAAGAUUGCAUAAAAGAUUUCCCACUUAGCAAUGAACAAGUCCAGAAAUAUACAACCUACCAACAUCCCGAUGAAGAGUCCCUUCGCAAGCGCAUGCUGUGUGCCAUUAAGAAAGCGGGUUUCUUCAGCGAACAUGAGGGUUAUCAUGCCGAUCGGAUUGCUAAGCAAUUCCAAAUAGAUUUUCAUGAAGCUGAGGUCGCUGCCAUCGCUGAGCGUUGCGCAGACAAGAACGUCGAGGGUAGCAGCGUUGAUGUGUGGGCCUACCGUGGUCACAAGUGUGUGAUGACCAGCAAGAUCGGUGAACGUUUAAAGGCUAGGAACCAAAAAAUUGAACAAUAAACUAUAUUUUAUUAAGUAUUAUAA